GAGGGCCAGUGGUGGGCUGCCAGGCCCCAAACCGUCCCAGACUGGCGCUCUCCCGCCAGCGGGGAGCCCGGGCUGGCUACACCCCCGGAAGACUCUGCUCCGAGCCGCCUGGCCUAGGGUCGAGGGGCGCGAGGGCUCCGCGCCAGGCUCCUUGGAGCCCCGGUUUCCACAGCUGAGAAGGGCCAUCUCCCCCCCCACACACACACACACACUCCCUAAUUCCCGCUUUCCCGACGCUCCAAGGCUCCCGACUGCCCGUGCUCCUUCAGGGGCUCAGGGGCAGGGACUCGGCCAGGCUGGCCCAGUCUCACGUGGCUAAGGGACCCAGGCAUCCUGAUCCCCCAGUGCCCGCCUCCCUAAGGACCCAGGUAUCCUGAUCCCCCAGUGCCCGCCUCCCUAAGGACCCAGCAGGACCCGAAGGGCCCCGCCCCCCAGGCUCCCGGGGUCUCCCGGCCCCACCUACAGCCUCUCCUCUCCCGGGGCGCCUGGACUGGGGCCACCAUGAGCAGCCCCGCAGGGCCCGCUGCAGCCCCCAAGCCCAGCGCCAAGUCCAUCUAUGAGCAAAGGAAGAGGUACUCCACAGUGGUCAUGGCAGACGUGUCCCAGUACGCCGUCAACCACCUGGUGACCUUCUGCUUGGGGGAGGAGGACGGGGUCCACACCGUGGAGGACGCCUCCAGGAAGCUCUCGGCCAUGGACGCCCAGGGGCGCAUCUGGGCCCAGGAGAUGCUGCUGCAGGUGUCCGCCGGCCACGUGAAGCUGCUGGACGUGGACUCCAAGGAGGAGCUGGAGUCCUACGCCCUGCCCUCCAUCCUUCGCUGCGAGACCGUGCUCCCCCCGGGCCAGACCCACUCGCUGCUCCUCCUGGUGUGCCAGGAGCCCGAGCGGCCCCAGCCCGACGUCCACUACUUCCAGGGCCUCCGGGUCGGGGCGGAGCUGAUCCGAGAGGACAUCCACGGGGCCUUGCAGGCCCAGCGCUCGGGCAGCGGGGAUCGGCGGGCAGCCGCCCUGAGGGCCACCCAGGAGGAGCUGAGCCGCACGCCCAGCCCCGGGCCCGGGGACGCCCCCUUCCAACGCCGGCCUUCCACUCGCGUGGCCAUAGCCCCCCGGGAGCGCCCAGCGGGACCGCGGGCCGGAGAGGAGGCAGCCGUCGCCGAGGAGCAAGAAGGUACCCAGAGGCCGGCCCUGGAACUGGCCAGUCUGGAGGCGGAGCGCAACGUGGACAUCCUGAACCACAUCCUGGAUGAUGUCGAGAGCUUCGUGGCCAAGCUGCAGAAGUCGGCCGAGGCCUCCCGCGUCCUGGAGCACCGGGAGCGCGGCCGGCGGGCCCGGCGGAGGGCCGCGGGAGAGGGGCUCCUGACCCUUCGGGCCAAGCCCCCCACGGAGGAGGAGUACAUAGACAUCCUGCGCAAGAUCAAGUACUCCUUCAGCCUGCUGGCCCGCCUCCGAGCCAACAUCACGGACCCCUCCGCCCCCGAGCUGCUCCACUUCCUGCUGGGCCCGCUGCAGAUGGUGGUGGACACGUCCGGGGGCCCCGGCCUGGCCCAGGCCGUGCAGCAGCCCCGUCUGACGGCCGAGGCCGUGGCGCUGCUGAAAGAGAGUCUGACCCCCCGAGAGGCGGAGCUCUGGACUUCCCUGGGAGACUCGUGGACCAAAGCCCGGCUUGAGCUCCCCCCUGAGGACGGCGCCCCCUACACCCCGGCCUUCUACAGCGGCUGGGAGCCCGCCCCCCACACCCCCGGGGGCCAGCCCUGGGAGGAUCCCGUGGAGGGGCAGCACCGCCAUGAGAGGCGCCGCUGGCAGCAAUCGGCCCCGCAGAUCGAGGUCAAUGGUCACACAGAGCCAGACUCCGAGCCGGAGCCCGAGUCCCAGCCCGAGCCCGAGGCGAGGGUCCCGGGGAAGUGGGUUCUCUGUAACUACGACUUCGAGGCCCGGAACGGCAGUGAGCUCUCUGUCCAUCGAGGGGACCUGCUGGAGGUCCUGGACGAUGCCCGGAAAUGGUGGAAGGUUCGGGACCUUCAGGGACAGCAGGGUUACGUCCCCUACAACAUUCUCACCCCUCACCCCGGGCCCCCGAGCCGAAAAGCCAGCCCUGCCAGGGCCCUGGAACAGAGGACCCCGCCCCCGCCCCCAGCCCCAGCCCCUCCCAGGCCCCGCUGGGGCAGCACAGACAGCCUGGACUUGGACGCUGGGGAGAAGGAAAAGUUCGCCCACAUGUUGAGCGUCAACGAGGAGCUGCAGGCUCGGCUGGCGCAGGGGCCCCGGAAUUCCAGCCGCGCCCCUAGCGCCGUCCGCCUGGCCCCGGAGCCUCCGCUCAGCCCCAGCUCCCCGGCCCCCCAGGUCCGAGCCUGGCUGCAGGCCAAGGGCUUCGGCCCCGGGACCGUGAGUGCUCUGGGGGUCCUAACGGGCGCCCAGCUCUUCUCUCUCAAGAAGGACGAGCUGCAGGCAGUGAGCCCAGAGGAGGGGGCCCGGGUCUACAGCCAAGUCACCGUGCACCGAGCAAUGCUGGAGGACUCGGAGAAGCUGUCGGAGCUCCAGGCAGUGAUGGAGAAGCAGAAGCGGAAGGUGGAGGGGGACACGGGCGGGGACGCGCCAUGACCCUCGCACCCCGAUUGCCCCUCCUCCUCCAGAAGCAGACCGAGCACCCCUCGAGACAAACGGGUCCUCGCUCUUCUCCUCUCUCUCCUCGCCCGCCGGCCCCGCCCAACACGCUCCUGAUUGGCUAUCGGUGGGAGGGGCGGGGUCACGGGCCCGUGAAUAGGGAAUAAAGUGUGUUGUGUCUUCUGCA